CUUAUCCGCCACCACGUCCUGAGCCGCCCAUCUAUGCCGCCGCCGCCGACGGGUUGGCUCCUCCUCCACCCAUGCGCCCCCUCCCAAUCUCCAUAGCCUCCAACGACCAACUCCAUCUCCUGCCUCCUGCAACUAGUCCUGCCAGUGCGCCGCGUCCGCCGCCGGUGAAUGCCUUCCGCAAGGACUGCCCCUAGCCCCUCUGCCCCGGCGCUCCUCGGUCGUCCCCGUCCCUUUGCCUGGUCGCUAGGGACGUGCUGCUCCACGCCUCCUCCUGCUGGGAGCCGCCGCCGGCCGUGCCGGCUCUGGCGCUUUGCUCCGGCCAAUCCCGGGCUGCUCGCCUGCUCGGCCGGACCUUGCCGCCCAGGACUUGCUGUCAACAAAUAGCAAGCAGGCUGGGACAGGGAAAAAGAAGAGGAAGAUAUAUUUCAUUGCAAGUUUCAACACCCAGUGUUUCAGUUGGACUGAAUCAACUCCACAAAUUGGAACAACCAUAGAUUGGACCACCGCCUUUGGCUUCAAACAACCCGCCUUCAAUCUCAACUCGAGAAAAAAGACAUACAAUUUGUCCAAAAGUAUCAAGCAUUGGAUGUAAAGUGGACAACCUAUUCGGUACUGAAACCAUAUAUGUAGCAUGUAUGAAGCUGAAUCAUGCUUACAACACUGAAGAGCACAGUAACUUCCAUAAUGGAAGUAAGUAGCUGCAAUCUUCCAGGAUUUUUUAUAAAUAAAUCAGCAACAUGCCACUCACCUAAGUUGACUUUUCAGCAUAUCCUACCAUGCGCCAAUGAGGCAAGUGGUAGUGUAUCCUAAAAAUCCCCUUUUCCUGAAGGUGUAAACACAUGCAGCAACUGAUCGUGUGCAUUGGAAUGCACUGUUUGAUAAUUACUCUCUUAGGCCCUGCUUGCUAACUUUGUAAAAAUAUGCGACCGGCUACCCUUCAACAACUGCAAGUCACUUGGGGACUAUUUGGUUUCCAGCCAAAUGUUGCCAGACCUAUGGUUAGGCACACAUAAUUUCUGAGGUGAGUGAGUGUUCAGUUGGCUGACACAGUUGUGGCUUGCGACUUUACUAGUCACAUGAUUAAGGAGUAUAUUUUGGCCACACUUUUGUGGCAAGCCACACUCUGUCCCGAGGGGUAACAAUUACUACUUUUGGCUUAGUUGUGGCAAAGUAAGCUUUUAACCAAACUAGGGUGUUCAAUUGGUCUUAAGUUUCAAUACAGUAUUGUAGAUCAUCACAUAUGUUCUCUGUUUCUUGUUCAAUGAUGUCUUAUUUGACUCGUUAAUCAGUCCAACUUAAUAUCCUUUUUCCUGUUAUCCUUAGAACAAAUAGAUAUGACGUGUAUGCAGUGCAGCCCACUAAUUAUUUAGAUUGCAUUGCAAACACCCUUUUAUACAUGCUUUUCAUUUUUCAUUCAGGUGGCUGCACAUAUCCUCCAGGUUUCUGUAAUUGGGACGGAGUGUAUUUCCAGUAUGGUGAUAACUGUAUAUAUAAUAAUACUGACUGUGAUCAUUGGCCUUUUUUACCUUCUGUUGUAGCUUGAUUUUUGUAUAUGGUGCUUACCUGAGAUGCACAAGAUCAUCAAUAACAUGAUGAUAUAAAGCAGGGAAAUUAACACAGUUGUUUUUUAAAGCACCCUAUUAUAUGGUUUUUAUGCUCAGUUUGGAUACUUAGAUAGUCCAACAAUCUUAGUAGUUUUGCAGAAGGAAAGAAGUCCCUACAGCGAUUAGAAAGAGUGAAUAUUUCUAGAUAAUUGAAGGCCCUCCAUAUAUAAUAUCAAUCAUGUGUCCUGUUUUAUAUUUUUGUUUGUUCAUGUGGUGUGUGUUUCCUUUCGAUGUAGCCAGAGUUGGGAUUAUGGGGAGAAAGAUGGCAGCAUAUGUGCAAUUGUAUUGAACUGAGUGGCGUCUUUGCAUACUAGUUAAACCUACAAUGGCACAUAUCUUUUGAUGUUUUUCAAUUCAAGGUUGAUGAAAUAUUUUAGGAUCCAAUCAUUGAAUUAAAAUAUCUAUGUAUUCCAUGCUUUUCUUGCAAAAAGAUUUAGAUCAGCUCUCAUCUCUUAAAUAACACAUGUAAAGUUAUACACUGACAUAUUUUUUUGUUUCAUUACUUCGGCAUAUCAAAGGGCAAUGGAUCGAGGUUGGAUGAGUCAACCAAGAGCUAGUGCUACUUAGAAAGAUGGUGUCGAGCAAUUUCUGUCUUUUGCAUUCCAUGAUGUUCCGGCUGGUGAUAGAAUUCGUUGUCCUUGUGUAAAUUGCCGAAAUAAAGCUAUGCAGAGUUAUGAUGGAGUGAAAACUCACUUGAGAUGUGAUGGUAUUCUUCAAGGUUACACUAAGUGGGUUUGCCAUCGAGAGGAUUACAGUGAACCAUCAUUUGCAUUUGCUCAUGUAUCAGAUAACAGUGGCAAUCUAUCUAUUCCUGGCAUCCCAAGGAAUGUUGUUGGAGAAGGCAACCAUGGAAGGAUGGAUGACAUGCCAGGACUCUUAAGUGUUGUCUUUGCUAUGGCUAACAGUUGUGAAUCUUUAUCAAGAACAUCUGAUGGUGAAUUAGAUGGCGUUGAAUUUGAGAAUAUGGUACCUAAUUCAGUUGAGGAUGAGAAUGCAGAUACUCAAACAAGGAAGAAACCUAAUACAUAUGCAAGCUUCUCAGAGGAUGCAAACACGGAGUUAUACCCUGGAUGUAAAUUAUUUUCUAAGUUGUCAUUUCUCAUCACCUUGUAUCACAUGAAAUGCUUACAUGGAUGGUCACAAGAAUCAUUUGCAACGCUACUUGGUGUUUUGUCUGAUGCACUUCCACAGGCACAACUACCAAAGAAGUACUAUGAGGUACAAAAAAUCAUCCGUGGCUUAGGCCUUGACUACGAGAAAAUUCAUGAAUGCCCCAAUGAUUGCAUGCUUUUUCGAGGUGAACGAGCUGAUCAAGAGUCUUGCCAUGUGUGUCUAAGCAUAAGAAGAAACCAGCCAAGGUGUUGCGUUACUUUCCUUUGAUACUGAGUAUUCAAAGGAUCUUUGCAACAAGAAAAACAUCAGAUGACAUGCGUUGGCACGAUGAGGGUCGUACUAAAGAUGGAAAGAUACGGGAUCCAGCUGAUGGCGAGUGUUGGAAAGAUCUUGAUGCUAGAUACCCCGGUUUUGCUGCUGAUCCUCGUAAUCCGCGCCUUGGCAUUUCGAGUGAUGGAUUUAACCCUUUUAGGAGUAUGAGUUCAAAACAUAGUACUUGGCCAGUGAUGCUUAUCCCGUACAACCUAUCGCCUUGGAUUUGCAUGAAAGAAACAUCUCUAAUUUUAUCGAUGAUCAUUCCUGGACCAGCUUCCCCUGGGAAUGACAUUGAUAUAUAUUUGCAGCCACUGAUUGAUGAGCUCUUACAGUUAUGGGAUGGUGUAGACACAUUCGACGCUUCCUCGCAGGAGAUAUUUCCACUCAAGGCUGCACUGUUAUGGACUUUAAAUGAUUUUCCAGCAUUAGCUUACCUGUACGGUUGGAGCACAAGUGGUAAAUAUGGGUUUCCAUCAUGUGGUCCUUGUACAAGAUCAUUUCGCCUGAAUAAGAGUAUGAAACUUUGUUAUAUGGGUCACCGUCGCUGGUUACCACAGGGUCAUGUAUUUCGAAACCGAAGAAGGCAGGAAUUUGAUGGCACUAAAGUGACAGAAUUGGCACCGACAACUAUGAGUGGUAGUUCAGCUUUGAAAAGGUUGCAAGGCAGAGUGUUUGUGUUAGGCAAAAAAGGCAAUGUAGCAAAGAAAGCAAAGGGCGGAAAGAAGGUCAAAAACAGUGAAAAAGAAAAUGAAAUGAAUCAAGAGCCGAAGCGUAAAAGGAAGGCAGGCAACAAGAAGUCAAUUAAGAACCAAGGUAAGCCUGAGAAGAAGCCUGAGGAUUGGUUAAAAAAAUCAAUAUUUUUCAACUUGCCAUAUUGGGAACUUAACAAGUUAAGGCACAAUCUUGAUGUAAUGCACAUAGAAAAGAAUGUGUUUGAUAAUUUAAUUGGAACGUUGUUGGAUAUUGAUUCUAAAACAAAGGAUGGCCUUAAUGCACGGCUUGAUUUGGCAGAAAUUGGUGAAAAUGGAAUUCGACAUAAUCUUCAUCCUGUUGUAGAUGAUAAUGGAAAAAUAGUAUUGCCUGAUGCACCAUUUACUAUGUCUAGAAAACAGCAAGAAAUACUUUGUUCAGUGAUGCACAAUAUUAGGACCUCCGAUGGAUAUGCAUCAAAUUUUUCUAGGCAUGUCAACAUGAAAGAUUGUACAAUCUCAGGUCUCAAAAGUCAUGAUUGUCAUGUUAUUCUGGAAGAUAUUCUUCCUCUAGCACUUCGAUCCUGUUACCCACACAAAGAGGUCAUGGAAAUAGUUAUCGGGCUGUCUAAUUUCUUCAAGAAACUAUGCUCGAAAGUGUUAGAUGUCUCUGAGCUUGACGAACUUCAAGAGAGUAUUGUGAUGACACUUUGCAAUAUGGAGAGAAUUUUUCUUCCAUCAUUCUUUACUAUCAUGGUGCAUCUAAUGGUGCACUUGGUUGAAGAAGUUAAACUUGGUGGUCCAGUGCACUAUCGGUGGAUGUACCCCCUAGAGAGAUCAUUUGUUCGGCUGAAAGCACUUGUACGCAAUAGAGCAUUUCCUGAAGGUUCAAUUGCUGAAGGGUAUCUUGCCCAAGAAUGCUUGACCUUUUGUUCAAGAUUUCUAGAAGGAACUACAUGUUUUACAAGACCAUCAAGAAACCCCAAUCCUUCAGACAAGAUAAAAGAUUUGUACAUGUUCCAUAGUGCUGGUGAGCCAAUUGGAAAGGUUGUCCCAGUUGGGCAGUUUAAUAGCCGGCUUCUUAUUCAAGCACACCGAUAUGUCUUGCGACAUUGUGAUGAGCUUGCAGAUUUCCGCAAUGAAUUUGUGGCCGAAGAGAAUAGCAAACGAUGUGACUCAGCUAAUUUGACAGAAGCUGAUACCACUAAGUUAAUUAAUGAACACUUUGCUGACUGGUUGGAACAAAAGGUUUUACAGAGCGAUGGAUCAACUAUUACAGAAAAGGUAAGAGCUUUGGCUGCAAAACCCAACAGAUAUGGGGUGCGCUACAGUGGCUAUGUCAUCAACGGCUUUAGGUUCCACACGAUGAGUCAUGAGUCAGUGCAUGUCACACAAAAUAGUGGUGUAGUGAACAUUGCAGAAAAAUGGUGUUAGAUAUUAUGGCAGAUUAAGUGACAUCUUUGAAUUGUCAUACAAUGAUUACAAGGUGGUGUUCUUUAAUUGUGAUUGGUACGAUGUCUACCACAAAGUUGGCAUUCAAACGGAUGAGUUUGGGUUCACUCUUGUGAACAAGUCUCGGAAAAUACACACAGGAGAUGAGCUAGAGGAUGAUCCUUUUGUAUUUUCCUCCCAAGUGCAGCAGGUUUUCUACGUUCAAGACCCAAAAGCUGAACUAUGGAAUGUAGUAGUGGAAGUCAGGCCUCGUGAUCUUUUUGACAUGGGUGUUGACGAAUCAUCGGAUGAAACAGAUUAGAGCAUUGUGCUUUUGGUUCAGGCUGAAGUAUGGUGGAAGCUCUUUGCUGGUGUGGUUCUUUGCAUGCAACUACAAUUUUAGUUAUGGUUUUGGUAGCGGUUUACAAGCACAAAGUCAGAAUGCUUUAUUAUAGUUUGUGGUUGUAUUUUUUUUCGUACUAAUUCAGGGCACAGCCCAAGUGUACUUGGUUGUGAAUUUUAAGUUGAUUCUGUAGAAUUUCUGUUCCGGAAAUUAAGUAUCACAUUUGGUUUA